CUUCUUUCAAGUCUUCAUACCUGUAUGGGAAGACUCUUCUAAAGUUUUAUUUUAGACAGUUUGCAUUAUUCAGAAGAAAUGGGCAACUCAAAAUCCAAACUUGAAUUUGAAAAUCCAUGGAGAGAUAAUACUUUGGGAAGGAAAAAAAAAGAUGCCUUAAUAAAAGGAAUUAGAGAGAUUAAACCAUGCAAAAAAGAUCUGAAAGGCUUGAGGAUCUUAGUUGCCGGUCCCUGUGGUUCAGGAAAAUCAAGUUUCAUAAACUCUGUGAAUAAUGCCUUCAAAGGCCGGAUAACCAGCGGUGCACUGAGUGACAGAAUUGGUGACAUAAGUUUCACAAUUGAAUACAAACCAUUCGAAGUUGAAUCUGGAAAUUCCAGUUUGCGUGUUGUCUUCAAUGAUAUCAUGGGCCUGGAAGCAGGAUCUGGAAAAGGAUGCCCUGUGGAGGACGUCAUCAAAGCCAUUCAUGGCCACAUCCGACCUGGUCAUGUGUUUAAUCCAGGAAAACCACUAUCUUCGGAGGAUGCAAACUAUAUUGAGGAUCCAGUGAUCUCUGAUCAGGCCUUCUGCCUAGUGUAUAUUUUACCAGCUAAUAGAAUCCAGUUUGCAGAAGACAGUGUUUUACAAAAGAUGAGAGACAUUCGAAUGCAAGUCAGAUCUCUUUCGUUGCCUCAGGUCAUUGUCUUGACAAAUGUGGAUGAAGCAUGUCCAUUGGUAAAGCGUGAUUUGCAGAAGAUCUACACUAGCAGAAAAAUCAAAGAAAAGAUGGAAUGGUGCAGUGAUAGACUGGGUGUUCCAAUGUGUCACAUCUUUCCAGUGAAGAACUACCAUGAGGAAAUUGAAACCAAUGAUGACAUGGAUGUUCUGAUUUUACAGGCAUUAACUCAAAUUAUACAUGUGGCUAAUGAUAAUAUGAAGAGCCGCAUAUCUCAAAAAUUAAACAUUUAAGAACUGGGAUGUGAGCAAGAAAACUAUGCCUCAUCGUGAUUUAAACAAUUGGGAUGAUUUUGUUAACAUCCACAUGAUCAACUAUUUUGAAAUACCAUACGGUUUUAUGUAAAUGUUUAGUGUUGUAUAUCUAACUCUUUUAAGUCUUUGUCUUUACAUUUCUGAGAUUGCCAAGAGACAUUUGCUCUGUUAGGAUGACGCACUGUUAGGAUGAUGAUUGUUGAAAAUAAUUUGUAAUGGCAAUGAUACGGUACA